AUGAAUUCGAGUCCUUAUGGUCACCACCCGCAAAGCCCGUACACCACGGGGAACAGCCGACAACAACCUCUGAUGAAAACAGCAGCGAACGCGGCCAGCCUCAACGACAGGCUCAACACAAACUACAUCGACAUUGCUCCAGAGGACAACUCCAUCUGUGCAUCUUUGACAAGAGUCAUUGUUGACUUUGUCGGCACAUUCGUGACACCGAGGCAGAUGCUGGGGAUCCUGCGAGUGCUGAAAGCCAUCACUCUUUCCUUUCUCGUCUUGACAAUAGCGGCCGACCUGAUGUACAUGUGUCUUCUCGAGAUCUUUGCCAACGAGACAAUCCGAACACAAGUUGGAGGCUCACGUGACACUAUCAUUCGAGUCUAUGGAUUGCUCUUGACUGUUCUGGCCAUCGGAGUCGAAUUCGACAUUGCAAAGAUUUCCAAGAACUUUCUUGGGUUGAAGGGAUUUGUGCCUCGUGGGAUGCUGCUCUUCUUCAUUGCCACAUUGACCCGAGCACAUCCCAUUACCGAUUCCUAUUCCAAUGCCAGUAGCAGUGGCAACGGCAACAACAACGGCAACAAUAAUGACGACGAUGCUGCUGCUGGUGAUGACGACUAUGUCGCCGCCGACGACAAUGCAGCGACCGACGACUACUCGUACCAAUUGCAACAAGAAGCAGCCGAGUUACCCUACAGUGCCAUUGCGUUCCAGCAAGUCACAUCCUAUAUUCUGUAA